CACACGGUCGCCGAGCGCCACGCCGUACGGACGUUUUCCCCGCCGAACCGGACGUCCACCCUCCACGUCGUAUCAGCGCCGCUGAUGUUAAUCGCGACGACGACGACGACGAUAUUUAUAUAAUAUAUUAUGCGCCCGUGCCCGUUAUAAUAUAUCAUAAUAUUUUGUUUUCGUAAAUCACGUGUGAUAUUGCGCACGUUUCGAGCUGUUCACACGUACAACGGUGACGUAACGUCGCAAACGUCGGCCGAGUAUAAUAUAUUUUUAUAUCGCAGCGUUGUCCCGACACUCAGCAACAGGUGCCAGUCCGAAAAUAUACCAGCGGUACAGUGUUGCUCCUGCACAGACCAUCCGAACGGACGAUGAUGGUACCAUCGUCGUUGGCGGCCGGGUAACCCUGCGGUAUCGCCGGUAUCCGGUGUGGUAUUAUUAUUGACACGCUCGUUGAUCGAGAUAAUAAUAAUAAUAUACCACCGCAUCGCGGAGGAUAAGGACAGAGAGCAGCGGAUUGGGAUCACCGACGAGCGCUCGUCCUCAUAGCAGCAGCGGGGCGAAAGUUGGAAAAAUGGUCAUCGAACCUGGCCUGAUGGACAUGCUGGGCAACUCGCUGUUCGACAUGCUGGCCCCGGUCACGUCCACCGAUUCGUCGGCCGUGGCGUCCACCGUGUCGGCGCACGGUUCCGGCGACGGUUCUGGUGGCCGCGGCGACGGUUCCGGCACGGCCGUCGACGACGACGAGGACGACGGCACCGGCAUGGGCGGCGGUUCCGGUUCCGGCGGUUCCGGCGGCAUCGGUCCCGGCGAGCUAUGGUACAGGCACAGUCCCGCCAUGACGGCCGUCUACUGUUUCGCGUAUACCAUGGUAUUCCUGGUCGGGUUGGUCGGCAACCUGCUGGUCGUGUCGGUGGUCUGCCGGUCGCCCAGGAUGCGCAACGUCACCAACUACUUCAUCGUCAACCUGGCCGUGGCCGACAUACUGGUGCUCGUCUUCUGUCUGCCAGCCACGCUCUUGUCCAACAUCUAUGUCCCCUGGAUCUUGGGAUCGUGGAUGUGCAAAAUCGUGCCGUAUGUCCAAGGUGUUUCAGUGGCAGCGUCCGUGUACAGUUUGAUCGCCGUUUCAGUGGACAGGUUCCUGGCCAUCUGGUACCCGCUGAAGUGUCAGAUCACCACGCGCCGGGCCCGGUACAUCAUCGGCGUCAUCUGGCUGGCGUCGACCACCAUCACCAUACCGUGGGCGCUGUUCUUCGACAUGGUGGCCAUAUUCAAGGACGCCCCCAGCCUGGAACUGUGCCUGGAGGUGUGGCCGGACUACCUGGACGGCAACCUGUACUUCCUGCUGGGCAACCUGGGCCUGUGCUACGUGGUGCCCACGGUGGCCAUAUCGCUGUGCUACGCGAUGAUCUGGGUGAAGGUGUGGCGGCGGACCAUACCCACCGACAACAAGUGCGCGCGCAUGGAGCGCAUCCAGCAGCAGAGCAAGGUCAAGGUGGUCAAGAUGCUGGCCAUGGUGGUGGUGCUGUUCGUCGCGUCCUGGAUGCCGCUGUACGCGAUAUUCGCCCGGAUCAAGCUGGGCGGCCGGCUGGUGCCGUGGGAGGAGGACUUCCUGCCGGUGGCCACGCCGAUCGCGCAGUGGCUGGGCGCGUCCAACAGCUGCAUCAACCCGGUGCUGUACGCGUUCUUCAACCGCAAGUUCCGGCGCGGCUUCACCGCGGUGCUCCAGAGCCGCCGGUGCUGCGGCACGCUCCGGUACAACGAGAACCUGCAGCACUCGGCGUCCGCAAGCGGCAACGGCGGCGGCAAGGCGUCGUCGUACUACAUCACCAAUCACCACGCGUACACCAAGCGGCAGUCCAGCCAGGAAACGAACGUGUCGUACAUAUUCAACGUCUGAACGUCCCGCACUGCAACGCACCCAAAGCCGCCCCCCGCACAAACCAACGAUAACGAUGAAACAAUACAAGCGAUAAUCAAAUUUUUAAUCGUGAAUAAUUGUAUACGCGCGCAUCUUCGUCGAUGUCCUCGAUGUCGUCGUCGUCGUCGCCGUUGUUGUUGUUGUUGUCGUCGUCGUCGUCGUCGUCAUACUAUUAUGAUCGAUCGACGAUAAUAAUAAUAUAAUCAAUCAACAAUAACCUAACAUAUAUAAUAAUAAUUCGAAAGAAAAACCUCCUUCAAUGACGUCGGAAGUGUUUUCAGGUCCGGCGGCGGGACAACUGUUUGUUAUAAUAUGUUUUACCUAUGCCUGCGAUUAGAUCGUACACUAUACGUAACAAUAAUAAUAAUAACAAUAAAACGACAAAAAUAUUUUGACGUGUCGCGCGUUUCCCGCCGCCAAACAUCCAUAUCGAUAAUACAUUUAUAUAUAAUAUUAUUAUAUAAUAAUCGCACACAACACGUAACGAUAAUACGCAUUGUACUGCCGAUGCACACUGUACGUGUAUAUUAUGUUAUAAUAUACAAUAAUAAUAAUAAUAAUAAUAAUAUGUAACAUAUCGCCAUCUAAAUAAUAAUAAUAAUAAUAAUGUUAAAUCGUCUUAGACGGAAUGCGAAACCGCGAUAUUGUGUUAUCGCGCGAUUUUCACAUCUAUUAUUAAUAUUUUAUUAUAUUAUUAAUUAUAACGAUAUAUUAUAAACAAUAAUAACAAUAUGAUAUUAUAAAAAUGUAAUCCAUCGAAAUAAUAAUUAUACAACACUCACACACACACACACCUACGCACACACACACACACAUACACACAUCCAGGGGCGGAUUUUCGAUAUUUCGAUGGGGAGGGCACAUAUUAUAAAUCGUACAAUUUGAAUUUUAAUUAAUAUAAUGCGCACCUAUAGAUACUAUCGUUUUCAAACAAUAAUGAUUAUAAUAAAUAACAAUAAUUAAUAGUUGUUCUUAUUAACUGAACUUUUCAUUUAUACGAUACUCGUAGUUGCAUAAAAAAAUUGUCGAUAGAAAAUUGACAGGGGCGCACGUGCUCCUCCUGUGCCCCUCCCCUGAAUCCGCCACUGCGACACACACACACACACAUACUCGUAUAUAAUAUGUAUUGAUUGCUCUAAUGUACAUUUAUACGCAUAUAUAUCAUAAUGUAAAGUGUAUUUAUAAUAAUUUUUUUUUUUUUUUUUUAAAAAAAAGGUACGAAUAAUACGUAAUUUAAUAACGAUAAUAAUAUUAUUGUUACGUACAAUCGUCGAUUUGCACGCUGUACAUACACAUAAUAUUACAUUAGAGGGUGUACUACUCGAUAUUAUACUUUCGCAGCUUCCCUAUCCACCGCAAUAAUAUUAUAAUCGCACAAGUUGUUUCGCACCGUCCUGCAACCCCCACUCACACCCAUUCCCACAAUAACCGUUCACCCACCGACAACGACCACGAACGCCAUGUAUAUAAUAUUAUUAUAGUUACGAUGUAUACGGCGUGUUACGGUCAACGGGUGGAGGUAUAUUAUGUCCGGGCAUUCGAUGCGCGAGUUGCUCGGGCGACUUACGAUGAUCGCUAUCGUCUAGUUUUACAAGGACAGUACUUAUGCAACUUUUCCGCGGUUCGGAUGCCCAGCCGAAUGCGUCCGAACUUCACGAGUUCCGGUAUAAUAUAUAUAUAUAUAUCACGUGACUGGAUUUGUGGACCACUGCAAUACGACGGACGAGUAGUAAAAUAUGGCCGACACAAGUGCACAACAUGUUGUCUUGUUCAUUUUUUUUUUCAAAUUCGAAAUAUCUCGCCGACAAAAUAAUAUUAUAACCGUCGGCUUGCUAUAUCAUAUUAUUAUUGCGUUCUAAGCUGAAGUUACGGCGAUAAUAUAACAUUAUAACGGUUAGCGCAUUUACUGUCGUCGUGAUUUUAUCCGUGCGACUUGUGGCGAUCACCCUUUUCGAUGACUAUAUACAUUGAUUCUGAUGGCACAACAGGUAUAAUAUUAUUAUGUAAUAAUAGUUUGAAUUCGAAUAGUCGACAAUCAAUGGAAAUGUAAACAAUUCACAACUAUACAAUACCAUUUAUUAUAAUAUUUCAAUAACCCCAUGACUACUCCAUCAUUUGAUUUGUCUGCAUUUGUACAUGUCGAGCAAGGCGCAGAAUGUCCGGUACACAUAUAAUAUUGUUAAGAUUUAAUCACAAUAAUAUUAUACCCACACCCCCCCCCCCCCCCGACAAGGGAACCGUCCUGAACACCGUCCGUAACAUGUUAUAUCAUACACGUAACUAUACACGUCCCACGCCCGUUUCCAACGAGGUCUCUGUCGACCCACCAUACCCACUCGAGAUAACGACCGCUAGAUCGUUUUCUGUUUCGAAAAAUUUCCAAAUUCCAACUCACUCUACAUCAUACGUCUCGUCGGCCCAAACUGUUGGGCCACCCGAUUCGUCCGAAAGCCUACGUGGACUCGGCAGUCCGUGUUCGACGACGUACACUUCCGUUUCACACACCCCCCCCCCCCUCACCCUCGCAUUAAGUAGAACGAUAUCAUAAUAUUGUAUUUUUAAGCGGUAUGCCCGGAAAUCGAUCGAUACGCGUUGAGAUCGCGACGUAAGUUGUGUGUAAUAAUUAUCAUUACAGACGCGAGAGAAUAGAAAAGGCGUGAAAGAUGACGAUAAACGUCGGAUUGUUUGUUUUUUUUUUGUUUUUUUUUUUUGGCAACGAUAACAGUCUCGUUGUAGAUAUAGCUCUACAACCCCAGAGAAGUGAUUUGGCGCAGAUUUAUCUGGCGUGUAACGCCACGUGAAACAUCCCAACCGUUUAUUUGGAAACGGCGGAGAGAACGGGAGAAAUACAAUAUUAUUAUUGUCAUCGAAUCGCGAUAACAAAUAAUGUCACAUGUUAUAUCCCACCACGCCUCAGGCCGGCGCUCUCGUCGAUCCGUUAUAAUAUUAUAUCGCAAUGAUAUUAUAUUAUCACAAUGUACAACAAUGAUGAUAACGAUCGCUCGACAAUUGAACCACACUGCCUACCCGUUUGGUUCGAGUUGAAAACGUAACUCGCGUCCAUGACUUGGUAGGCACAACAUAAUACAGACAUAAACUUAACCACCCACAAUUAAUAUAUUAUGACAUUAACAAUCGCAAUGAUAUUCAUACCUACCAUUUCGCAUGUGCUCUGCGUAGUUACACAUACGACGUAUACUCAUUACAUUUAUGCGAAUAAACACUUAAAAUAUUAUAGCGUAGUUUGAAAAAAAUAAAUAGUGGGUAGAUAUACGUUUGGGUUCUGAGAGUGUUUCUAACCGAUUCUCUGAAACCAUCGAAAAAAUACGUUUUUUGUUUUUAAUUAAUUCUAAAAAUAUAACAAAAAUAAAUUUAUCUUUGUCAAACGGACAUAAUAUUACGUAGUUGCGCAUAAUUAAGAAAGUUCAACUUUCAAAAGUUUGGAUAGCAAACAAUUACCUAGUACCUACGAUUAAUAUAAAUUAGAAUUUUACAUUUUAAAUUCAACACAAUAUAUUAUUAUUAUGUACGUAGAGGUUGAAAGCUAAACUAAUACUAAAAAAUUGUAUUCGUGUUUACCGUACCCUCAAUAUAUUUAUACGAUAACUUAACAUGAAAAAAAAAAAACAAUAAUAAAAAUUGUAUUGGUUUCUAAGACAGACACACUACACAUAUAUAUAUAUAUAUCGAUAAUUAAUAUUGUCUAAUUUAAUUUUAAUGGUGAAUGCAACACAAAUAAACAUUAGACUUAAACUACAAUAUAAACAAUACGUGUUAAAUCCAAUAUGAAAAUGUUUGAUUUAGAUUUAAGUGAUUUAACCAAGGUAUUAUAUUUAUGUCAUAUUUUGUUAAAUCAAUCAUAUUAUAAUGGGAGUGAAUAUCAAAUACCGAACAAUAAUAAUAAUUAUGAUACUACAUAUUACUAUAUAUCAAUAUAUACGUUUAUAUUAUAAUAUUUAAAAUAAGUAUAGACACUCAGGAACCUAGAAUAUAAUAUAAUAUUAAAUGGCAAUUAUUAUAUAACUCGGUGUUUAAUCAAAAAUUAUGUCUAAGUGUUUUUUUAAGCAAGUUUCUUAAAAAAAAGAUCAUAAUAUAAAUAUAUUAUAUAAAAAUAUAACUGUGUGAAUUAUAAAUGUAGAUAACUAUUAUUAUUACAGUUUUAAGCUUGUCGUGUAAUUUGUUUUUUAGCAAUGAUGCAUCAAAAAGAAGGAUAACUUAAUAUCGAAAAUGAAAUCAUCAAAAACACCUGUUUGAUAAAAUGUAUGAAUUGAUUUUGUAUACCUACCUAUUAUUAUUUCAUCGUAAUAUUAUUUUGUAACACAAAUAUCUUCGGCGAUGGAAAAAUUAGAUAAAAAAUGUGUUCGUCUAUUUGUCGAUAAUAAGCACAGGAAAAAUUGUUUUUUAUUUCUUCUCCGGUGAAUGCUUCGCGCGAAUAACGUUUUAGUUAAGCAUUAUAUAACUCAUGUAUACAUUGUGUUGUACUUAAAAUUGUCGAUUGCUAUAUUAUAACUGUAAGUUGUGUAAUACGCUGUAAUCAAAAACUACUGAAUAGUGUUAUAAUUAAAAGGCGUCGCAGCAUGAUUAGCUAUUAUUAUUCAUAAUCAUUAAUUAUACACCGAAACGAUUUUAACCGAUUUAAAUACAAACCAUAUUGCAAUAGGUAUUAUAAUGUCCAACGUUAAAGAAGAAAAAAAACACUUUUUUAUUUCCGGUGAUUUUGUCGUCUAUGGCUAUGUUUAGUAUGAGUUUUGAUCACGUCCCUUUGCGAUGUUCUAAUUUAAACAGAAACCAAUUCGUUCGAACCGUAGAGUAAAAUGUAUACUAUAUACACAUUAUGAUAUUCUGUCAUCGUUUGUAUGCACUAUGAAAGCAACACAAUAUUAAAUUACUCGACUUUUCACCCGUAGUUUUGAUGCCGCGUAUCCAGUUGAUGCUGCAACGUGUUUUGACCAUUUGACGGACUUUUUUUCUCGAUGUGAUAUUAAUAGGAAACGAAAAAUCAGAUAUCCGAUCGUAUUAUAUUAUAAUAAUACAUUAUAAACAACGCCGAACAACCGAUGACACUACAAUUGGUUCACAAGCCGUCGUCGACAGAACGUCGAAUAACCUAAGUCACCAUUAUUAUAAUGUAGAACCUGAUAAUAUUUAUUAAUUGCAAUUGUUGUUAUUUUUUUUUUUUUUUUUUUGGUAUGUUGAAUGAGUGAGCAAAUGUGAACACAUUAAAGGAAAUACACGUAUUAAUCAUGAAAAAAAAUUCGUUAUUUGUCUAUUGACGUCCGUAUUUGAUUUACUGUACAAUUCUAUAGUGAACAAAAGUAGACGUAUGAAACACAGCUGACUGCCGUGCAUGGUAUAGCAAUAAUCAAGCAUGGGCAAGUUGAUAAUAGUUUUUAAUUGAAUUAAGUUGAGUCGAUAGAAAAUAUUUUGUAAAGUUUAAAGUUAAUAGUUAUCCUAUUUUUUUUUUUUUUUAACUCGGUAAGUUAAAUAAGUUACACGGAAACGUACAAUUUAUUAACUUAAAAUAAAUUGACCUAAGUUAAGAUAUUUAUUUUAUUUUUUUUUUUAAUAAAUAAAUAUCCAGUAAUAUGGUUUAAAAUAAUAAAAA